AUGGGAAACAACAACUCAAACGACGUCGAUGCUGCCUACCUCAUGGGAAGGGACAAACUCCAGCAAUUGGCUAAUGCAGCGGUGAAAGACGACAGUCUCUAUAUUGCAUUAUGGAACAGCAUACUGUGCACCGUCUUUCCCGCAUCUAAAGAAUUCUUGGUAUCGCCAUGUGCUCGCACUAGGGAAUCAAUGCCAUAUUUCAUCGUGGACAAGGUCGACCCCGCCAAUCCUACGACUAGGCAAAUAUCGACUUAG